AUGGCAUUUGCAUUGUCUCUGAAACCAACAAGGCUUGUCACCUGUGCCCUCCUCUGCAUAUUCCUUGCAGAGGUGAGCUUGGUGCGGCACGCCACGGCGCUGGGCAUCAACUAUGGGCAGGUGGGGAACAACCUGCCGUCGCCGCCUCAGGUGGUGCAACUCCUCUCCUCGCUGCGCAUCGGCAAGGUGCGCAUCUACGAUGUGAACCCGCAGGUGCUGACGGCGUUCGCGGGCACGGGCAUCGAGCUGAUCGUGACGGUCCCCGACGACCUGGUGCCCGGCAUGGCGACCAGCGCGUCGCAGGCGCUGCAGUGGGUGAGCGCCAGCGUGCGGCCCUACUUCCUGGCGACGCGCGUGACGGGGAUCGCGGUGGGCAACGAGGUGUUCACGGGCGACGAUGAGCAGCUCAAGACCAGCCUGGUCCCCGCCAUGCGCAACCUGCACGCGGCGCUGGCGCAGCUGGGCAUGGACGCGUACGUGCGCGUGUCCACGGCCAACUCCCUCGCCGUGCUCGCCAUCUCCUACCCGCCGUCGCAGGGCGUCUUCACGCAGGCCGCCGCGCCCUACAUGGCGCAGCUGCUCCGGUUCCUCGCCGAGACCAGCGCACCCUUCUGGAUCAAUGCUUACCCCUACUUUGCCUACAAGGAUGACCCAACAAAGGUGUCCCUUGACUACGCGCUAUCGAACCCGUCGCACGUGGGCGCCGUGGACCCGUUCACGAAGCUGCAGUACACGAGCAUGAUGUACGCGCAGGUGGACGCGGUGUCCUUCGCGGCGGCGCGGCUGGGCUACGGCAACGUGGCCGUGCACGUGUCGGAGACGGGGUGGCCGUCCAAGGGCGACGCCAACGAGGCCGGCGCCACGGUGGAGAACGCCCGGCAGUACAACCGGAACCUGCUGAUGCGGCAGGUGAGCGGCGAGGGCACGCCGCUGCGGCCCAGGCUCCGGCUCGAGGUCUACCUCUUCGCGCUCUUCAACGAGGACAUGAAGCCGGGGCCAACCUCCGAGAGGAACUACGGCCUGUACCAGCCGGACAUGAGCAUGGUUUACAACGUCGGCCUCUCCCAGCUCUCCACCACCUCCGCCGCAUCGCUCUCCCUUGCCACGUCACCGGCUGCCAGGACCACGGAUGUUAGGAAGGACUUUGGCGGCCUAUGUGUUGCCGUAUCUCUUGCCAUGCUGCUUAUCACCCAAGCUUUGCUCCUCUGA